CGAAUCCCGAAGCUUUCACCUCUCCCCUACCAUAUGUAUAUAUGAGCUGCCUAGAUCUUUUUUCACACAGCACUCUCCGGCGCACGGCACUUUCUCUACCAUACAUUAGUUCUAACUGUAGAAGAUUAUAUGCCUCGAUGGCGCGGCUCAUCCGCGCAAUGUCUACACUCUCUAUCCUCCUCCUCCUCGCGGUCGUAGGGAUUCCUUCUGCAUCUGCGACAGUCGACCUGUACACCGUAUGUGGCCGGCAGGAGGCAAAGGACGGUACGGUAUCGUUCAAAGUAGUCACGUACAACACGCUGCUCCCCAUC